AUAAUACUUCUUAGAAUUCAACUAAAAUAGUCAAAGGAGUUGUCCAAAUGUAUUACUACUACUAGUAAUUUAAAAACCCUUUCAAAAUCACCACUCCUUUUCUUUUCCUUUUCCCCACCAAUUCCACUUUCCUUUCUCAAAAUUUUCAAUCUCAAUCCAUCAGCAAAGUCAAAGAUGCCACAACUCUCAGAAACCUACGCUUGUAUGCCCACAACAGAACGCGGCCGAGGAAUUCUAAUAUCCGGAAGCCCAAAAUCCAAUUCCAUCCUCUACACUAACAACCGAUCGGUCCUAAUCCUCAAUCUCGACGACCCACUUGAUGUUUCCGUCUAUGGAGAUCAUGGGUACCAAGCUACUGUUGCUCGUUACUCCCCCAAUGGUGAAUGGAUCGCUUCUGCUGACGUCUCCGGUACUGUCAGGAUCUGGGGUGCUUAUAACGACCAUGUCUUGAAGAAAGAAUUCAAGAUUUUGUCGGGUCGGAUCGAUGAUCUUCAGUGGUCUCCUGAUGGCUUACGGAUCGUUGCUUGUGGUGAUGGCAAAGGCAAAUCCUUGGUUCGCGCUUUUAUGUGGGAUUCAGGGAGUAAUGUAGGGGAAUUUGAUGGGCAUUCGAGGAGAGUUUUGAGUUGUGGAUUUAAGCCAACGAGACCAUUUCGUAUUGUGACGUGUGGUGAAGAUUAUUUGGUAAACUUUUAUGAAGGCCCUCCUUUUAAAUUCAAGCUAUCUCGCAGGGAUCAUUCAAAUUUUGUCAAUUGCGUUAGGUUCUCUCCAGAUGGCAGCAAAUUCAUCAGUGUAAGCUCUGAUAAGAAGGGCAUGCUGUUUGAUGGGAAAACUGGAGAGAAGAUUGGAGAGUUGUCGUCUGAAGAUGGUCACAAGGGAAGUAUUUAUGCUGUUAGCUGGAGCGCAGAUAGCAAACAGGUGCUCACAGUUUCGGCUGACAAGUCAGCAAAAAUUUGGGAGAUCUGUGAUGACGGUAAUGGGAAAUUGAAGAAGACAUUGGCAUGUCCUGGAUCAGGUGGAGUUGAUGAUAUGCUAGUUGGUUGCCUUUGGCAGAAUGAUUAUCUUGUCACUGUUUCUCUUGGUGGUACAAUUAGCAUCUUCUCAGCAAAUGAUCUUGAUAAAACACCUCGGCAAAUUUCUGGACAUAUGAAGAAUGUUACAUCAUUAGCUGUGCUUAAAAAUAUCCCGAAACCUAUACUUUCAAGCAGUUAUGAUGGCUUAAUAGUUAAAUGGAUUCAAGGCACUGGAUACAGCUGUAAAAUACAAAGGAAGGAGAACACUCAAAUUAAAUGUUUAGCCGCUGUUGAAGAAGAAAUAGUCGCAUCUGGAUUUGAUAAUAAGAUAUGGAGAAUUCAAUUCCAAGGAGAUCAAUGCGGAGCUGCUGAUUCCAUUGACAUUGGUAGUCAACCAAAAGACCUGAAUCUUGCCCUUCUUUGUCCUGAGCUUGCUUUGGUUACAAUUGAUUCAGGUGUUGUCAUGCUCCGUGGUACAAAAAUAGUGUCAACCAUCAAUCUUGGUUUUUCUGUAACGGCAUCUGCAGUUAAACCUGAUGGAAGUGAAGCAAUCAUUGGAGGACAGGAUGGUAAAUUGCAUAUAUAUUCUAUUACUGGUGAUUCGCUUACUGAGGAAGCAGUUCUUGAGAAGCAUCGUGGUGCUGUCAGUGCAAUAUGUUACUCUCCAGAUGUCUCAAUGUUUGCAUCUGGUGAUGUAAACAGAGAAGCUAUUGUAUGGGACCGUGUCUCCCGAGAGGUUAAGCUUAAGAACAUGUUGUACCAUACUGCUCGCAUAAAUUGCCUUGCAUGGUCUCCUGAUAGCAGCAUGGUUGCUACCGGCUCACUUGAUACUUGUGUCAUCAUUUACGAAGUAGACAAGCCAGCAUCAAGUCGGAUGACAAUAAAGGGUGCUCACUUGGGAGGGGUAUAUGGUUUAGCAUUCAGUGAUGAGCUUAGUUUAGUAAGCUCUGGUGAGGACGCCUGUGUUCGUGUUUGGAAAUUAAGCCGUUGAUGAUCAUCCUGCAUUGGAGGCCAUCACAAAGAUAGUAAGGUCAAAAAGUAUCGAGUUUUGGUGUGACCAUUUUGAAAUUCCCUGCAUUUUUCUGGUUAUGAACCCUUGGUUGCAAUGAUGCAGGAGAGAUUGACGAAAUGCCCUUUCUACUUACAGUGUGAUGUUAGAAAUGUGCGUGCCAAAUAGCAGUUUGAGUGAGUGUAAUUUAUCACCUUUUGUAGCCGGAGUCUGUAUUGUCAUGUCAUGGCUGUGGGCGAAUUGCUUCCGUGCUGUCUUUUGCUGCAAAUGAGAUGUUAUGCCCUUCCAUCUUUAUUCAAUAAGAUGUUUGGAUAUGAUCUUAGUUGUGUUCGAUAUUCAGAGUUUAUUUUCAAUCCUUCAUGUGCUUUUCAAACAGUUGUUCGCGGCAAAGAAACACCAUUGAGGUGAAGUAAAUAUGGUUGAAGUGUUGAAGGCAAUGUCCAUGAGAUGCAAUUACUAUUUUGUUGUAAAAUGAUUGUUGAUAUCAGCUCAUUUGUGAACCAAAUCAACACAUGAAUAUACUAUUCUAUUUGUUUAA